UAAUAUUUGGGAAGAACCCUAGGUAGCUUUGAGCUAUGGCGUCUUCGUCCGUGAGGGCGCUACGGCGGGGAGCAAGCGCCUGUCAAGCGCAGGCGCUGGAUUUCCUCGUCCGAGGCCUUCCAGCAUCGCGUGGAGUGCUCGAUCCCUACUUAGAUCAGCGCGAAUCCAGUCCAGGAGUGCGCCACGCUUUCAACCUGGCGACGAGGGGAGGAACUCCGCUGGUUGUCAAGACCGCCGGGGGUCUCUCGGCAGCUACGGGAUUCAUCGUGACCAUCUUUGGAUCGACUGGAAUGCUGGGACGGGCAGUGGUGAACAACCUCGCAAAGAUUGGAGCACAGUGUAUGAUACCAUACAGGGGGCUGGAGGAUAAGCCUCGACAUCUAAAAGUGAUGGGUGAUCUCGGUCAGAUCGUGCCGUUUGUGUGUAAUAUCCGGGAUGAAGAUGCCAUACGCGCUGCCAUUGCGAAAUCCAACGUUGUCAUCAACUUGAUUGGAAGAGAAUACGAAACUCGUAACUACGGUUUCGAGGAGGUCAACAUUGAUAUUGCACAACGUAUUGCUCGGAUAUCGAAAGAGCACGGUGGGAUCGUGCGAUAUAUCCAUACGUCGUGCGUCGGUGCGGACGAGAACUCUCCUUCCAAACAGCAUAGAACAAAGGCCCUGGGAGAAGAAGCAGUCAGACAGGAAUUUCCUGAGGCUACUAUUAUGCGACCCGCGAGUAUGUUCGGCUACCACGACAAGUUCCUUAACAGAUUUGCCACGAAGGCAAAGUUCUGGCCCAAUGUUCCAAUGUUUUUCGAUGGCAAAACAAGGGUUCAACCGGUUUGUGUCCUUGACGUCGCAGCUGCUUUUCUAGCCGCAGUGAAAGAAAAAGAAGGUAUUCACGUCGGGAAAGUCUAUGAACUCGGGGGACCGGAUGUUUACACGAUUCACGAGCUCCUUCUGUGGAUGUUUGAAGUUCUUCGCGAGAAACCGCGGAUAAUCAACAUUCCAUUGCCGCUAGCCGAGGCCGUGUCCCGCGUCCGAGAGUUCUUCUUCAAGAGAGUACCCGUGCCACUCCCACAGCUAUGGCCGUGCUACCGUCACUACAUCGAUUCUCUCAAAGUGGAUCAAGUCGUCUCUCCCGACGCUCUAACGUUCGAAGAGCUGGGGAUCAAACCCAGACCUCUUGGAGGCCUGGCGACCGAGUACCUCUUCUACUACAGAGAGGGUGGUCCACACAUGGGACAAUUCCGUUUGUGAAAAAUCACCAGCAAAAGGUAAAUUUUGUCCCGGAAAAAACAUUUUUUUUGUAAAAUAAAAAACUUUGUCAUGAA